AUGCCGUACUACUCUCUUGGCCUAGAAGGCUCGGCCAACAAAUUAGGCGUCGGCGUCAUUGAACACCCGCUUGAAAAAAUCGCCGCGUACAACCAUGCUAAUGUGCUCUCUAAUGUACGAGAUACGUAUGUGACGCCUCCAGGAGAGGGCUUUCUUCCCAGGGACACUGCUAGACACCAUCGAAAUUGGGUGGUUAGACUGAUCAAGCAAGCGCUUCGAGAGGCAAAUAUACGCCCUAAUCAGCUAAACUGCAUUUGUUUCACGCAAGGACCAGGGAUGGGCGCUCCGUUACAGAGCGUUGUGAUAGCCGCAAGAACGAUUGCUCAGAUGUGGGACUUGCCUCUUGUGGGAGUGAACCAUUGUAUUGGACACAUCGAAAUGGGCAGAGAAAUUACGGGAGCUACGAAUCCGGUUGUGUUGUAUGUGAGUGGAGGAAAUACCCAGGUUAUUGCGUACUCGCGGCAACGGUACAGGAUCUUUGGAGAAACGUUGGACAUUGCUGUUGGAAACUGUCUGGAUCGGUUUGCAAGGACGCUGCAAAUUCCGAAUGCGCCUUCUCCCGGAUACAAUAUUGAGCAGCUGGCGAAAAAAGGCCGCCAUCUGGUCGAGCUACCGUACACCGUGAAAGGGAUGGAUCUCAGCAUGAGCGGGAUCUUGGAGUACGUUGACAAUCUGGCACACGAUCUUUUUCAAGGAAAGAAGAACAAACAAUUGAUCCGAGCCGAUGGUAGCAAAGUGACGGUUGAGGAUUUGUGCUUUUCGCUUCAGGAAUGCAUCUAUGCAAUGCUGGUGGAGAUCACAGAGAGAGCCAUGGCCCACGUUGGUUCGCGCGAGGUGCUAAUAGUUGGCGGAGUCGGGUGCAACGAGAGGUUGCAGGAAAUGAUGGGUAUUAUGGCCAAGGACAGAAAUGGCAGCAUCUAUGCUACAGAUGAACGCUUCUGCAUUGACAACGGGAUCAUGAUUGCCCAUGCCGGGCUUCUUGCCUUUAGAACGGGCACAAGAACUCCAUUGGACCAGAGCGUUUGUACACAAAGGUUUAGGACGGACGAAGUUUUUGUGAGCUGGCGAGAAGACUAA